AUGGGUGAGUCUAUCACUGUUCCAGAAUUGACUGAAGGGACAAUCACUAACCAUGUACACGAGAUUGAAGCUCGCAAAGUGGAGAAGGCUGCGCAGGCAUUGCCGAAGCCUGCUGCGAAGAGCACUGCUGCCAAAGAGGAGGAUCUCAGUCCUAAACCACAGCAAUAUUUUGAGAUACGCUCCAGAAACAUCCUCAAGCUAAAGGAGACUCAGUCUCCCAACCCAUACCCCCACAAGUUCCAUGUCUCCAUCUCGAUCACCGACUACAUCGACAAGUAUGGCCUCGAGGGUAAAAUCCAGGCUGGACAGAAGCUGGAAGGCGUUACGGAAGCUCUCGCGGGCCGCAUACACAACGUCCGCGCGUCCGGUCGAAGUCUCCGCUUCUACGACCUCCACGGCGAGGGCGUGAAGGUUCAGAUCAUGGCGAACAAGCAAAACGCGGAGGAUCCCGACAACUUCGUCGCGAGUCAUGAGCACUUCCGCCGCGGAGAUAUCGUUGGUGUGAUUGGUACCCCCGCGCGCACCAAGAAGGGGGAGCUGUCCAUAGCCCCCUCACAGAUGAUCCUCCUCGCACCCAACCUCCACCAGCUCCCCUCCUCUCACUUCGGCUUGAAGGACCAGGAGACCCGCUACCGCAAGCGCUACCUCGACCUCAUCCUCAACGACGACACCCGCCGUGUCUUCCUCACCCGCUCCCGCAUCAUCAACUACAUCCGCCGCUUCUUUGACAACCUCGGUUUCCUCGAGGUCGAGACCCCCAUGACGAGCAUGAUCGCGGGAGGUGCGACCGCGAAGCCCUUCACCACACAUCACAACGACCUCGACUUGGAUCUCUACCUCCGGAUCGCCCCCGAGCUGUAUCUCAAGCAGCUCGUCGUCGGCGGGCUUGACCGUGUUUACGAGAUCGGACGUGUGUUCCGCAAUGAGGGCAUCGACUUGACGCACAACCCCGAGUUCACAAUUCGCGAGUUCUACAUGGCUUACGCGGACAUGUACGACAUCAUGGACUUGACCGACAAGGUCUACCAGCUCGAGCAGUGCGCGCGCCCUUGGAAGCGCUACGACAUGAUCGAGACGUUGGAGGAGAAGCUUGGUGUCAAGUUCCCUCCGGGUGAGACCCUCCACACGGACGAGGCGAACAAGUUCUUUCGCGAUCUCUGCCAAAAGCACAACGUCGAGUGCAGCGAGCCCAGGACAAAUGCGUGUUCGCUCGAUAAGCUCGUGAUGUCGCCGCUUGCCAAGUACCACGGGUCACGACCGGGACUCUGCGAGCAAGUUCUGCAACGCUACACUGAGUUGAACGACCCCUUCGAGCAGCGAUUGCGGUUCGAGGAGCAAGUGCGGCAGAAGGAGCAGGGCGACGAGGCAUAG